AUGUCGACUUUCAACUACAUAAAAGUCAGCGGCGAAAGCUCCGGAGAUGCAUCAAUUGCAGAUCCAGAUAGUCACCGAGAACCAUCACGACCCACAACGUAUUCCCGAAUCUGCAAGAUACUUCGAUUCUCGCGAUGGCUAUUCACACUCGUACUUCUCGUUGCCAUCCUUCUAUGCCAGCUAUUGAUCCUGAAUCGGCAACCGGACCAGCUGCAACUUGGAGGAGAGCUGAAUUCGCUCAUAACAAACUUUUCCAAGCAGCAAAAGAUGUUUAGAGAAGACCGUAGGUUCACCUCAGAUCACAAGACCCCAGCGUCCGUCAAUGCCACAAAGCAAAACUGGCUCAAUCUGUUCCCUCGCGGUAAUGGAUUCCUCAACAUCCCCAACUACGCAGACUACAACUUACCCCCACCCAUGCACUUCCACGCAACACCAGGACAGCAAAUCUACGCCAUCGCCCUAUUCCACGAGCUCCACUGCCUAAUGUCCAUCUCGGGCUUCAUGGACAAACUCGUGCUGCAAAUGCGGCGCAAAGACUUUACACUCUUUGACGAGGAGAUCGAGCACAAUGACCAUUGCUUCAAUUACCUGCGCAACGCAAUCAUGUGUUUUGGAGACACUACCUUGGAGGGGCAAUCGCAAGACCCCCUAUUUCAGGAUGUUGCGGGAACGGAUGGAACGGGGGCGCUGCAUAUAUGUCGGAAUUAUGAUGAGAUUUUUGCUUGGGCGGGUAAACAUAAACUUCAUUAUGAGGAUGAUGAACAGGGGCUUGGGGAUCACCAUCAUUGA